CAACAUUUACGUGCAUAUUCAGUCACAUUUGUGCCGCAAUCUAGUCUUUGCGCCGAAUUAAUUCAAUGCGGGGUGUGUAUGCCUAGCUCAUCCCUAGCAGUGGACCGGCCCACCUGUUUGCACAACGGUUUUCUACAUACGACGAACACAACAAGUCGGCAAUCAAUUCGUCCGCUACACGUGCGUGCGCGCCUGCGGAGAAUAGCGUCAACCAGCCUAUCGCUUCUCCUCGCCAGUUCCCGA